AUGUUAAUUAGAAGGCAGAUGUACUGCUCUAGAUCCAAUUUGACUUUUUUAAUUGAUUUAUCUAAUUUGAUUAAUCACCAUUUACUUGAUUGUGGUAUAGAACCAGAUUCAACAUUGGCUGAAGAUUUUGUUAGCUGGAGACCUCAUCUUGGUGUCCAACUGACCACUGUCAUUGCUGGUACAAAUGGACAAGCCAGAUCAUUUCUUUCUCCUCAAUUGGUCAAUCCUAUUUCAAAAUUGCCUAAUGCACAAGCAUUACCUUCUCCUAUGUAUCUUGGGCUGUUAAUUGAAGCUUUGAUGGACCAAUUAUUACCUGCUGAAGACUGGGCUUCUGUAACUGAAAGACAGAUUAUAUGUGAAAUCAUUGCAAAUGUGAUUUUGGUACCAUUUUUUUGUAAAUUAAGUAAACCUGCAACAAUUUAUAGUCUGAUUGCAGUCUGCAAGUCAAAUAUUAGGGUUCUGGAAUUGAACCAGAUUGCAUUUGCGUAG